ACAUUUCUCAGGUUUUGGAUUGUUUGCUUUUUACCCAAAUAAUCCAAAAGGUCAAAAUCAUAUCUUUGCUGUACUUUUUUCUAUUACUUUUAAAGUCCUUUCCUUUGUCAUUUAAACAUAAAUCACACCAGAUGUUUCCUCCUUAGUGCACUUUGUCCAUUGUUGUUGUCCGUUGCAACAUUAGGUCUUCAUUAGCAGAGUUUGGGGGGUUUGACCUGAACUGACAGAUAGCACAGUCGUCUGCGGGUUAGAACAGUCAUUUCUGUGAAACAAUGCUUCCACCUGACGGCAUCAAUGUGUUUCUUAAACUUGACUUCUGUCGAUUUUUUUUUUACUGGUGAUGGAAGUUUGGCUCACUCACUCUCGUAUGCUAUCAGGGGAAAAUAAACUAAAGUUUGCUUUUGUGGGACCCAGGCAAGGAAAUAAAGAUUUAAUCAGGAAAAAUGUCUUGUUCUCACAAAGGGAAAUGUGGUUUUGCGGAGAUCAUAUAUGUAGUUUCCCAACUCGUCUCUACAUCACUCAUGUUUAAUUUUUCUUUUCAGCAAGUCAGGGUUUCAACUUCUUCAACCUUCUGUGACCUCUGCACUGUAUGUUAUUGGUUUCCAUGACGGGACACUGAGAAAGAGUCCAAAGAAGAGAGGCAAUUAUGGCAAACUUGAAAAAAGAAUGAAAGGGAAUCAAAAACUAUGCUGAAAUACUUCUUUGACGCAGUCCUGCCGAUGUUUGACGUGUUUUAACAUGCUGCCUCAGAGUUGGCUACAGGGUCUGAUGGGAAUAUUUUAGACAGCCAUCUUCUAGUUCUGGAAACAGCGUGUGGACCGUUCCAUUUGGUGAAUGAUAUUCUGUAAUGUUGAUCUUCAGUUACUGGUGCACCCUUUUGUCCGGACCACCGCCAACUUUGUCUUAGACAAGUAGUGUGCUCAGAUAGUGCUCUGUAACCUGAAGAGAGAAAGAACCAAACGGCAUCAUCUUUUUUCUGCUUUUAAUACGUCUUGUCAUCAUUCACAGUUAGAAACAUUUGCUUGUACCUGCCUGUUCCUGUUAACUUUAAAUAUGAGUGAUGUAAUGGCCGCCCACAUCACACAGACGUGCAGAAACACCAGAGAUAUGUGAAGACGAUCAGAAAUUGAAAAAAGGUGUGCAUCCAUUACCACAGACAAAAAAAAUGUAUAAUCAGUGAUGGUGAGAGAAAGUAAGUAAAACUGUAUUUAUAUAGCACCUUCCAAAAGCUAGGCUACAACAUCAAGGCCUUAUAGAUGAGGACCAGGAUCUUGAAAUCUAAAUAUAAUCGUAAGCCAGUGAGACAUCAGAACCAGGUUGAUGUGAGAGCGAUAUAUAUGUCUUGGCUUAGGCUAGACAUAUAAAUUGGAGGUGAUAAACUGCCAACCAGCAAAGACUUCUAUCUAUAUCUCUGCCCCAAUAACACUUAUUAAUCAGCAGUGAUAAACAGAUUGUUGGAGGAGCGAUGUAAAUCUUCAAAUAUUUUAGAAAAGUACAAAAGCUCAUUCUGUCUACUUAAUAACGAAGUCUCAUAAAAUUAGAAAAAGUAACUCAUCCUCAUGAGUUAGUAUAUCAUAGAGAUACAGAUACUCAAGAAGUAAUGAGAAAGGUGCCCACAAGUUCAAAGUACAAUAAACACUAAAUUCAAUCAUUCAUUCAAACAAAUUAAUUUUGUCACUGGUCCUCAGGAACAAAACUCCUUCCAGCAUGAACAACUUGGAUCUUACCCCCACGCCUACCGCUGCCGAUGAAACAGAUGGUAACGACAACCCUGUGAGCAAUGACGUCUCCACGGCCUUGGGUGCUCUCAUCCUCGGCUUGGUCUUCCUCCUGGGAGUCCCUGGCAACCUCUUCAUCGUCUGGAGCAUCCUGGCGCGCAUCCGGCAACGCUCCGUCACCACCAUCCUCAUCCUCAACCUGGCGUGCGCCGAUGGCUUCCUCAUGGCCCUCACCAUCUUCUUCGUUAUCUACCUGGCCAUGCGGUCAUGGGUCUUUGGUCAAGUCAUGUGCAAAGGCGUGUUCUACCUAUGCAACUCCAACAUGUACGCCUCCAUCUUUCUGAUCACACUGAUGAGCGUGCACAGGCUGGUGGCCGUGGUGUUCCCGAGUAGACUGUCCUCCCUGGUCAGCAGGAAGAUUGUGAGGAGGGUGAUCGUAUGCAUG